AUGGCAACAGAUAGAUUAAAUUUAGACUUGCCAGUAACCUCGAUCCAUGGAUAUGGUGACGUUAAAGUUUUUGGACAUGAUACACCUCUGGCAGCCAUCCAAGGCACCAAGAAACCCUGUCUGGCACCAUGCAGUGUCAACAAACCAGGUUGCGAUUCCCGAAUGCGAGAAUGCAGACGAAGGUACCAGAAUCGCACCCCUGUGCAAAAACCAGCAGGGGUUGAAGGAGUCGUCGACCCUUUGGCUUUGGAGCCCUGCGGGAGCGGAUCGGCCCUGGAAGAAUGCCAGCAACCUGAAGGUAAAGAUAAUGAAUAUUAUCCGACCGGGCCAAAGUUGCCUGAAAGGCGGUAUUUGCGUACGGGAGAUCCGAAUGUCCAUUUGACUGAAGAAGGCUUUGACUUUUUAUAUCCUGAUGAUGGGGUUUCUGAACCUGAAGUCGUCAUGAUGUAUACUUGGAGCACUAGAAGUCGGAUGACUGUUAAAGUGAUAACUUAUGGAGCAACUGUAGUAGGUAUUUCAGUACCAGAUGCAAGAGGAAUGGUUCAAGAUGUUUUACUUGGAUUCGACGAUCUAGCAGGUUACAGGAGACAAAGCAAUCCUUAUAUAGGCGCAACCUUGGGUCGUGUUGCAAAUUACAUCGAAAAUGCGAACUACAAAUAUCUCCAUGACGAGUACGAUUUGAGGCCAAAUCGUCCACCACAUCAUUUUAACGGAGGUCGUAGAGGAUUUGAUAAAAAAUUGUGGACUGCCACUCAGGAUGGAACUAAGAUUAUAAUGAACCUGGUGUCUGAAUCAGGUGCCGAAGGUUAUCCUGGUAAAUUGUUGACGUCCAUAACCUUCCAGGUGACUGCUGAAAAUAGAUUUAUUGUCAGUAUGAGAUCUGCGAGUGAUUGUUCGACUCCUGUGAGCCUUACUCAUGCACUGAGAUUGAAUUUGGCGGGACAUAAUGCUGGUCUUUUGGACAUCUUUAAACAUCGCAUCACUGUCGAUGCUGAUAAAUACGUUGAGAAGAAUUUUUUGGGAUUGCCAACUGGUAAAUUGCUAAAAGUAGCAGCAACUCAGUAUGAUUUUCGUGUCGAAAGAAACAUCGGAGGGUUGUUAAGAAGAUGUGCAAGACGAGGAAUUGACCAUACAUUGUGCUUGACACACCAACCAGAACCGAAGGACGACGAAUAUGAUGAGGACAAUGUUAUUUUUGUAGCCAGGAUUUUGCAUCCGGAUUCUGGUCGCGUUUUGGAAAUUUACAGCAACCAGCCCGGUUUGAAUUUUAGCACCUGCAAUGAUCUUCCUGACCAUGGAUACGAUUUAUUGCCUGAAGAUCCCGACGAUAAAGAAAACGUGUACUUGAGGCCAGUCGACACAGUUAACGAAUACACCCAGGUUAUAGAAGAUGAUAUAGAUUUUGAAAUGUUUCCUGAAGAUGACGAGGAAGAAGAAGAAGAAGACAUGGCCAAAGCUCAUGUAGAAGGUGACCUGAGCGAAGCUGAAUUAAAUUUGAGCCCUUCAGAAAUUGAAGCUCGUCUGGCGUUUCGGAAACAAAGUGCAGCGGCCAAAAAAUCAGACGUUUACCAAAGAAUUUCUUUGAUCACCAAGAAAGGAAUAGAAGCCAAGAGCUCCGUGGAAGCCACUGCAGAAGAACAACUUGUUCCUGUCAAAAUACAGCGUAAAGUUUCCGAUCCCGAUGCCGGUGGUGCCGAAUGGUGGGGCAAAACACCACCAGGAGCUGAAGAUUUGUACGAAUCAGCCAGGGAAGCAAGGAUGAAGGCUUUGAAAGGGUUUGAUGAGACUAGUGAACAUGGUGCUGCUUGUUCUAAGGAUUGCCCUUGUAGACUUACUGAGGAUCAACGACUCAAGCAACUGAAAAUGCUAGAGGAACUCCGUGAGCAGGAAGAAGCCGAAAACGAACGAAGGCGGAAAGAACAAGAAGACUUGGCUCUUGCUGAACAGCAAAGGCUUGCAGAAGAAGCUGAAGCAGCCCGUUUGAGAGCCCUGGAGGAAGAAAUGAGAAGAAAACUUGAAGAGCUGGAAGCUGAAGAAGAUGAGGAUGAAGGUCCUGGUGGGAGCCAGGAAGGGGAAGGAGAAGGAGAAGACGAGGAUGAGUACGGUCUAGGUGGUGACUAUGGCUAUGGCUACGGAGGCAGAGAUUCUUUGAGGUACCAAAAAGGCGCCCAUCGUGUUGGCCUGGAGGAGGUCGAUAGUACCUUAAGGGACCCUGUGUGUAAAGCCUGCAAGGAACCUUCUGAGGACGAGUACGAGGUGGCAGUUAGCGAAUCGGAGGAAGGAGACGAAGAAGGUGUUACAUCUGAUAUUGCACUUUUGAGAAAAUUAGGACCACCAGCAAGUUUUAUAGAAGGAAAAGAAGGUGCUAAAUAUUAUAAAAAUUGUGCAAUUGGACUGCAGACACAGAAGUAUCCUGAUGCCUUGCACCAUAAAAACUUUCCCUCAAUCAUCCUUCAUCCUGGUGACUUCUACUACCACAAAACCGAGUACAGGUUCGGUCUAAAGGUUCGUCCUGGUGUCCUGAUUAAAAAGGAUGUUUCGACGGAAAUUUCUCCUGAAGAUGAUGAAAAAGAAAAAGUUAUUGGACUUGAAGACGAAAGUUGUAUUAAAGAAUGCGACGAUUUGUGUCGGAAAAUUGUCAUGAUUGUUGAUCCGUGCUGCGAGGUUAAGGAGAAAAAAAUAUAA